AUGCCAUCGAGAAAUGUCCUCUUUACAUCCAUUUGAUAAAGCUUGAAUCCCAAACUACAAGCUAUGGCAACACAACUGUAUGGAUUCAAGUCUCACCACAGAGGCAAUUUCUCAUCAAAGUCUAUCCCUUCAAUUUGGGAUGGUAAUACGGAUAGCAAAGACAGCCUCAGUAUUGAUUGGGACACUGAAGAUGAGCUUGAGAUUGAGAGCAUCCCCUAUUCUUCUAGUUUGGGUUCGGCAAUUCCUGGUCAAGAAGUUUUCUCAGGCUCUGGGGAGGCAAGUUCUUCUAAUGGUUCUUCGAGCUCCAGGGUGAUCCAUCACUUUCUGGGAAUGGGAUUUUCUAAGGAUAUGAUAGUUAGAGCAAUGAAAGAAAAUGGUGAAAAUAAUAUAGAAGCAAUACUGGAAGCUCUUCUCACAUACUCGGUUGUUGAGAACCUCCCCCAGGAAGAGGAACGCAUUUCUGAUGAUCCAAGCAUUUCCAAUUCUGAAAGAAAUGGCCUGGAUGACCUCUCAGGCGAGGAUAGCUUCCCUGAAGAUGAGGAAAGCACAAAUGAUUCAUUAGAGAAGGACGGCACAGUGUCACUUCUAGUGGAAAUGGGUUACGAAGCCGAUGAGGUUUUGACAGCAAUUGAUAGAUGUGGUCUAGGUACCCCAAUUGCAGAGCUUUCAGAUUUCAUCUGUGCUGCCCAAAUGGCAAAGGAAGCUGAUUUUCUUCAUCAUAGAGAACUACCUCGUGAAGACGUUGAAUUCUCUUCACAUCGAAAGCCAAAAAAUGCUUUGCUUCUGAAAGACAAGAGGAAACUUCAGAGCAAUGAAGCAUGGAAAGGUAAACGGCAAAGGGGAAAUGAGAAGAAGCCAAUGGAUCAAGAAGACGACACGGUGUGCCAUCUUCCAAAUCCAAUGAUAGGAUUUGGAGUUCCCAGUGAGCCAUGGCGCAUACUUUGUAGAACACUUCCAAAGGCAGCUGUUGGUCCCCCCUUUUUUUAUUACGAAAAUGUGGCACUCACCCCCAAAGGGGUUUGGAGCACAAUUUCCCGCUUCUUAUAUGAUAUUGAGCCAGAGUUCGUAGACUCCAAAUUCUUCUGUGCUGCUGCCAGAAAACGAGGAUAUAUUCAUAACUUGCCAAUUGACAACCGAUUCCAACUUCUUCCAGUCCCACCACUAACCAUACAUGAAGCUUUUCCUUCAACCAAAAAAUGGUGGCCUAAAUGGGACAAAAGAUCAAAGUUGAAUUGCCUUCUGACUUGUGUGGGAAGUGCAAAACUCACCGAGAGGAUACGAAAGGCGGUUGAAAAUUCAGACGGAGAACCUCCUCUAGACGUCCAGAAAUACGUGCUUGAACAGUGCAGAAAAUGGAACUUGGUUUGGGUUGGGAAGAACAAGGUUGCUCCGGUUGAACCUGAUGAGAUGGAGAUAGUGAUGGGGUUUCCAAGAAACCACACGAGGGGAGUCAGUAGAACCGAAAGAUACAAAGCGCUUGGCAACACUUUUCAGGUUGAUACAGUGGGAUACCAUCUUUCAGUCUUGAGGACUUUGUUCCCUGCUGGCAUUAACGUCCUUUCGCUUUUCUCUGGAAUUGGUGGAGCUGAAGUUGCAUUGCACAAGCUUGGGAUUCCUCUAAAGAAUGUAGUUUCUGUUGAGAAAUCAGAGAUAUGUCAAACCAUUCUCCAGAGUUGGUGGGAUCAAACGAACCAGAAAGGCAAUCUAAUUCACAUUGAAGACGUGCAAGAUGUGGAUGCUCAUAGCAUCGCACAAUGGGUUAAGUUAUUUGGUGGGUUUGAUCUCGUGAUUGGUGGGAGCCCUUGCAAUAACCUUGCUGGGGGCAACCGUGUCAGCAGAGACGGGCUUGAGGGAAAGCAGUCUUCUUUGUUCUUUGAUUAUUUCCGCAUUUUAGACCUUGUCAAGUCUAUGAUGAAUCAACAUUGAUUGUAUAUGAAGACGCUUCUGCAUUCAUUCAACAAUUUAUACCAUUUUGUUUGUUAUUUUGUUUAGUAAUGAUAGUUUAGUUUACAUAGUAAUGAUAGUUUAAUUUACAGAUAAUUUUUUUUUUGAUCAGUUUUUGCAGACAUUUUGAAUCUCAAAAUUGUUGUUUAUGUAUUUUUUUUGUAGGGUUCUGGCAAUCAUGAUACUCUCUUUGCAGUAUAUUGUUUUAUG